GUCAGUGUGGCAGCACCUUUAGCAACCUGUUUUCGAGGUGGGUGUUUUUUAGUUGCGCGUUAACCAUGGCAGAGAAGUUGUAUGCUAAAUUGUUCAGUUAAGUUUAGUUCUUAGUGUACAAUCAACUAAUAAACUCAACAACUGCAGCAGUUGACCUCUCGCCUUUCCAGCAUGUCGACUCUGCUGAAGUGGGCCCAGAACACACAAGGAAAACUCAACAGCAAGAACACCAACGGCACCAGUGGCGAAAGAAAAUGGAUACACCCACCCGAAGCCCUCCAGAAAGGCCACAUCGCGUACCUCGUCAAAUUCCUAGGUAAUACAGUCGUAGACCAACCAAAAGGCAUAGAAGUAGUCAAAGAGGGAAUCAGGAAACUGCGAUUCACCCAACAACUCAGAAAGAGCGAAACCGGUGCCAAAACGAGGAAAGUCGAACUCACGAUCAGUAUAGACGGAGUGGCCAUUCAGGAGCCCAGAACCCAUGUGAUCCUACACCAGUUUCCCUUGCACAGGAUAUCCUACUGCGCCGAUGAUAAAGGGGAGAAAAAGUUCUUUUCGUUUAUUGCCAAACAACCAAACCAAGUGGAUAACGACGCUGAGGAGAAACACGAAUGUUUCGUCUUCAUUUCCGAUAAACUCGCCGAAGAGAUAACGCUAACUAUAGGCCAGGCGUUUGAGUUGGCUUACAAGAGAUUCUUAGAAACGUCGGGGAAAGAUUUAGAAUCGCAAAGACGGGCCAUGAUUACCCAACAAAAAAUUAAGUUAUUAGAACAGGAGAACAAUAUCUACAAGCAGCGGCUGUUGGACAUCUCGCACUUUAGCAACAUCAAGCCGGAACUAGACCAAUACUUGCGAAAAAAAGAACUCAAAAACAUCCUCGAGAUCCCUCUUUCGCACAGCACCGGCAAGGAAAGUGCAGAACCGGUCAACGGAAACGCCAAGCAACUGGUCGACUUUACUUCAGAUAACACGAAUGGAAACGCACCACCGAUUCCCCCACGCGCCUUUGAAAACACUCCCACGGUGGGAACGAAGCUGGAGGGACUCCUUUUGAACGAAUUUGACCAAGACAAUGAUUUCGACCCCAGAUCGUUUGAAAACAACCACAGUGCCUUCUCCAGCACAAACGGCACCGCCUCAAGCCCCCCAUUAAUUGCUCCACCCCCGAAGGCGGCGAGAAGGACCAAUAUUAAUAAUAACGAAACGGCCCCCGCCAGGACCGUGGGGCAGGACUUGUUCGGAACGGGGCCUUUUAGCCCGCAGACAAACGUCUCGUCUAACGUAACGAAUGACCCGUUUGAGAUGGGCGAUUUUAGCUCGUCUGCUUCAUCGCAAGACAUUGAAAAUGCCAUUGGACUUCUAGACAAGAGAAUUCUGGAAAUGAAGACUGGGUUCAGUCGCGGAAUCAGCUUCGGAAACGACGAUUUUUCCCUAGAGAGUCUAGAUCCUCUAAAAAAUUAAUCUUUACUGUGUAAAUUAAUUAUACAAAGUAUUUUGUCAUAUUGGCAAGUCAUCUUCAUCGUGAUUAACCUCUAGAUCAAAAUCGAAUAUGUUAUGUAGUAUUUUUAGGCUGUAUUUUGUUAUAUCAAGUAUUAUGAAGAUGUAUAUCUGUUUAAAAUUUGCACUAUAUUUUGUUAUGUAUGAGAUUUAUAUAAUAUAAUAUUUUGAAUAUAAGUAUUACUGGUAA